AUGGUCCACCCUGAGCUGACGAGGAUGAUCACGACAGCCUAUGGCCCUCAAGAAGUGAUCGAGGAGGCGGCGCGGGCUCUGCAGAAGCUGCGCCCGGCCAUUUCCUGGAAUCUCGAACUGGUCGUGACGUGCAUGGAGCUUUUGUCCCCUUAUCCUGAAGUCGGAGACCCCCCAGCUGGGCAAAUGCUUCGUGUGCUGCCUGUCAAGGAAGCGCCUUUUCAAGCUGUUCCCGCCGGCCUCUGCAACGAAGUGCUUCUUGCGGACGAGGCAGUGGUAGAAAAGCUCACGGACUACUAUGUGGCCUUCAAACAGGAUUCCGGAAUUUCUGACCCUAAUGAAACGCGGGAAUCGCACCGACAGACCAUCGAGGAUUUAGUUGCCACAUGCGAAGUUUAUGUGUGGCAAGUGGGCACUGACAUUGCUGCCAUCUCGGCUGCUGCUAGAGCUCUGGCAGAUGUUGGGCGUGGGAUCACGAUGGUGUACACAUCGCCACCGCACCGAAGGCGGGGCUACGCCGCGGCGUUGAUCACAAAGAUCGGGGCUGCCCUCACCAAGCAAGGCCUGAGAACGUGCAUCACCGCGAAUGCAAGGGGAUCGCAUGGUGCCGAGCGCCUCUACGCAAGAAUAGGCUUCGUAAAGCAAGGCCAAGUGCAGCAAGUAAUGCACCUGGUCCUUGGAAAGGUCUUAAUGCUGCCCAAAGCAGGGUUCAACUGCUACGGGAAACCGAAGACUUCCAAUGGCUUGCCAACCUUGCACAUGUACAGUGUACAGAACUUCUUCUUCACUUCACGGGCCUCUUGCGUAGCGAAGUCCGACGAAUCCAACUAUCUACGCGUAGAGUCUGGCAACGGCCUCACCGACACGGUGGCCUAA